AUGUCUAGUCCACUACAACGACACGUUUUCAAAGCUCCAGAACAGAAGCGAAAACAGCCACUUCCUCGACCUCGAGCUUCACUCUUAGGCUUAGAUAAAUUGGCUGAGGCAAAACGAGCAGAAAAGGCUGCAAAACAAGCAAAAAUGGAACAACAACAAGGAAGUGCACCUAAAAAAAUAAAACUUACUCUAGAAUCAGAAUGGGACGAAGACGAAAAAGUCGAAAAGGUUGCUCCUUCUCCUUGGACAUCGUCAAGACGUGAUAAAAUCCCAAGUUCUACGCGGUCGAGAAGUGAAUGGGAUUCUUCACCUUCUAGAACCGAUUAUAGAUCUAUACCGUUUACGCCACGGCCCUCCAGUGGUAGCCAGACACCACGAUCUUAUCGUAAAGGAAAGAAAUCUGAAUGGGACUUUCCUACACCUCGAGUUCCAUCCUCUGGAUAUAGAGAAACAGAAAGAGGCUUCCCCGAAGUCGAAGAAAUGAGCGACGAUGUUCCCCGAAUGGAAUGGGAAGAAGAACAACGACAGCUCGAUCGUGAAUGGUACAACAUAGAAGAAUCAUCUGGAGCAACGGACGAUACUCAUAAUCCUUUUGAAAUGUAUGCGGAUAUCGAAGUGAAGAAAGAAGCCGAACUAGCACAAAAACAACUAAAAAAAGUGUCCGCCCGACAAGAACAAUAUAAUCGUGAUAACGAACUCUGGGAAACUAACCGUAUGCUGACGAGUGGUGUCGCGCAACGGAGAGAAAUGCUUGAUUUGGAAUUCACUGAUGAUUCGGAGGCUCGGGUGCAUUUGCUUGUGCAUGAUAUGAAGCCGCCAUUUUUGGAUGGACGUACAGUGUUCACGAAGCAGCUUGAGGCUGUGCAGACUGUUAGAGAUCCUACUUCUGAUAUGGCAGUAUUCUCAAGAAAAGGAAGUCAACUUGCCACGAGGAAAACUGUUGAUCUUGCCGGCACUGCCCUAGGAAAUAUAAUGGGGGUAAAAUCGACAGAAGAAGAAGCUACUCCAAAAGUAACAAAAGAUGGUGAACUAGAGAAUCCAAAAGGCGAUUCGCAAUUCGCAUCACAUCUUAAGGCAUCAGAAGCCGCCAGCUCUUUCUCCAGAUCAAAGUCUCUUCGUGAACAGCGGGAGUUUUUACCAGCUUUUGCUGUCCGUGAAGAACUACUUAGAAUAAUUCGCGAUAAUCAAGUCGUGGUGGUAAUUGGUGAAACAGGUUCCGGAAAGACUACACAGCUGACUCAGUAUCUUCUUGAGGACGGUUACAGUAAGAAUGGUAUGAUUGGGUGCACGCAACCACGUCGUGUAGCUGCCAUGUCUGUAGCAAAACGUGUAAGUGAAGAGAUGGAAUGUAAACUCGGAACAACCGUUGGUUAUGCAAUUCGAUUUGAAGACUGUACGUCAGGUGAAACAAAAAUAAAGUAUAUGACCGAUGGUGUAAUGCUUCGUGAAUCACUCAAAGAACCUGAUCUUGAUAAUUACAGUGCUAUUAUUAUGGACGAGGCUCAUGAACGUUCUCUUCAGACAGAUGUCUUGAUGGGUUUGUUACGUAAAGUUAUAUCAAGACGCAGGGAUAUAAAAUUACUGGUAACGUCUGCAACUAUGAACGCCGAAAAGUUUUCUGCAUUUUUUGGACACUGUCCCACAUUCACAAUCCCUGGUCGUACUUUUCCUGUUGACAUAAUGUUUAGCAAAACGCCUUGUGAGGAUUACGUCGAUAGCGCGGUCAAACAAGUGUUGUCCAUUCAUAUUGGUAGUCCGGCGGGUGAUAUUUUGGUAUUUAUGACUGGUCAAGAGGAUAUUGAAAUUACUUGUCAAGUCAUUGCAGAACGGCUUGAACAACUAGAUAACCCACCACCAUUAGCGAUUCUUCCAAUAUAUUCACAAUUGCCUGCAGAUUUGCAAGCAAAGAUUUUCGAAAAAGCUGCGGAUAACGCACGAAAAGUCAUCGUUGCGACAAAUAUUGCAGAGACUUCGCUAACCGUUGAUGGUAUAAUGUAUGUUAUCGAUACUGGCUAUAAUAAAUUAAAGGUUUUUAAUCCUAAAAUCGGUAUGGAUUCCCUUCAAAUAACUCCAGUCAGCCAGGCGAAUUCAAAUCAAAGGUCUGGUCGUGCCGGUCGUACAGGUGCCGGCACGUGUUACCGUCUUUACACGGAACAAGCAUAUCAUCAUGAAAUGUUUUCCAAUACUAUUCCUGAAAUUCAAAGAACUAAUCUUGCGAAUGUGGUGUUAUUGCUAAAGUCUUUGGGAGUUAAGAAUUUGCUGGAUUUUGAUUUUAUGGAUCCGCCUCCUCAGGAUAAUAUAUUAAAUUCGAUGUAUCAACUAUGGGUGUUAGGUGCUCUUGAUAACACAGGAGAAUUGACACCACUCGGUCGUAAGAUGGUAGAGUUUCCACUAGACCCGUCUUUAUCUAAAAUGUUAAUUGUCUCUGAGCAAUUAGGUUGCACAGCAGAGAUAUUGACUAUUGUAUCUAUGUUAUCUGUGCCCUCAGUUUUCUAUCGUCCCAAAGAACGCGUAGAACAAAGUGACGCAGCACGGGAAAAAUUCUUUGUUCCUGAAAGUGAUCACUUGACGCUUCUACACGUAUACACACAAUGGAGAUCUCAUGGCUAUCGUGAAGACUGGUGCAUAAAACACUUUAUCCACGCAAAAGCAAUGCGAAAAGCCCAGGAAGUUCGCUCACAACUAAUGGAUAUCAUGAAAGCUGAAAAAAUGGUGUACGUCUCGUGCGGCACAGAAUGGGAUGUCGUCCGGAAAUGCAUCUGUUCCGCAUACUUCCAUCAGGCGGCACGCGUAAAAGGUAUUGGCGAGUAUGUGAAUUGUCGUACUGGUAUGCCGUGUCAUUUACAUCCGACGAGUGCGUUGUACGGACUCGGUUAUACGCCUGAUUAUAUCGUGUAUCACGAGUUAGUGAUGACUUCAAAAGAAUACAUGCAGUGUGUGACAGCUGUUGAUCCGUAUUGGUUGGCUGAGAUGGGCCCAAUGUUUUAUUCUAUCAAAGAAAAGAACUAUACCCAAAAGGAAAAACGACUAGCCAACAAAGCAGAAAUGGCCAAAAUGAAUAUGGAACUUCAAAUAAAAAUCACGCGCGAAAAAGAAGCCGAAGAAAUCGAGCGAAAGAAAAACGCGUCGUCUACCCCACGAAGUUUGGCACAAAUAGCUACGCCUGGUCGACGAGAACCUGGAUUCGGAAGCGCAGGAAGCGCAGGAGUAACACAAAGCCAAAUUCUUCCGACAUUUGGGCAAGCUACAGAGGGUGAGGAGAAGGAUUUAGUCCUUUUGGUAGUUCGCCACAACAAUCAGGAUCAACGACUUGGUGAAUUUGGGUUUUCAGGAUUUGGUGCUACUGGGUUUUCUGGAACAGAAUCCCCAUCGACAAAUACUUCUGCUCCUUUACCUUCAUUAUUCUCAGCUUUCGCGAAAAAAGAAACUGCACCAACGACGACGACCACAACCACCUCUGGAUUUACAUUAGGAGGUAAUAAUAACAACAACAACAAAAAUAAUGCUACUGCUCCGAUAGAUGCUUCGAAUAUAUUUGCAAGACUUGGGAAUCAAACCACAGCUUCUACUACCGCAUCGUCCGCCGCUUUAUUUAAACCACCGGAUGCAGCAAAUAAAACAGUCACUGCGCAACCCACAACCACCUCUGGAUUUACGUUAGGAAGUAAUAUUAGUAAUAACAGCACAGCGCAACCCACAACCACCUCCGGAUUUACGUUAGGAAGUAAUAUUAGUAAUAACAAUACUGCGCAACCCGCAACCACCUCUGGAUUUACGUUAGGAAGUAAUAUUAGUAAUAAAAAUACUGCGCAACCCACAACCACCUCUGGAUUUACGUUAGGAAGUAAUAUUAGUAAUAACAACACUGCGCAACCCACAACCACCUCUGGAUUUACAUUAGGAAGCAAUUCUUCGAAUAUAUUUGCAAGACUUGGUAAUCAAAGCCAAACCACAGCUUCUAAUACUGCAUCGUCCGCCACUUUAUUCAAACCACCGGAUGCGGCGAAUAAAACGGUCACUACGCAACCCAUAACCACCUCUGGAUUUACGUUAGGAAGUAGUAUUAGUAAUAACAACACUACGCAACCCACAACCGCCUCUGGAUUUACGUUAGGAGGUAGUAUUAGUAAUAACAACAAAAAUAAUGCUACCGCUCCGAUAGAUUCUUCGAAUAUAUUUGCAAGGCUUGGUAAUCAAACCACAGCUUCUUCUACUGUACCUCCCGCUACAUUUAAACCACCGGAUGCAGCGAAUAAAACAGUCACUGCACAACCUACAACCACCUCUGGGUUUACGUUAGGAAGUAGUAUUAAUAAUAACAACAAAAGUAAUGCUACUGCUCCAAUAAAUUCUUCGAAUAUAUUUGCAAGACUUGGUAAUCAAACCACAGCUUCUACUACUGCAUCGUCCGCCGCUUUAUUUAAACCACCGGAUGCAGCGAAUAAAACUGCCACUGCACAGCCUACCUCUGGAUUUACGUUAGGAGGUAGUAUUAGUAAUAACAACAAAAAUAAUGCUACUGCUCCGAUAGGUUCUUCGAAUAUAUUUGCAAGACUUGGUAAUCAAACCACAGCUCCUACAUCUGCAUUAUCGACAACAAAAACCAUUACAUCACCGGCUCCUUCAGCAACAACUACCACCGCUAAGCCUAGCAAUCCUAUAUCAUCAAUAGCACAGUCAACAACAAGCGCUGCUGCUACACCAGCAGCUGGUACUAAAUCAGCGGCAACGAUUCCAUCAGCCACAACUACCACCGCUAAACCUAGCAAUCCUAUACCAUCAAUAGCACAGUCAACAAGCGCUGCUGCUACACCAGUGACUGCUACUCCGUCUUCAGGAAAACCAAUCGUGCCUGAAGUACCUAGUUGGCUACAAGACGCCACAAUCAACGAUAUGAUUAAUCGUUGGACAGAAGAUUUGGAUAAUUGUGAGCGAACCUUUCAAACUCAGGCAAAGGAAGUGCUCGAGUGGGAUCGAAGAGUCAUGGAAAAUAAUGGAAGACUAUCGAAUUUACUAGCACAAAUUGAACGUGCUAAUAUUGUUCAACGGGAAAUUGAUAUGAGUCUAGCGAACUUUGAGCAAAGGCAGCAAGAUAUGGAACAGUUGUUGCAGCAGUAUGAAUCAAGAUAUUAUGAAGCUCCCAAAGAUAGUAAAACAGACAAAUCGAGAGAAAAUAGUUAUAAACUUGCUUCAACAAUUAACCGUGAUCUGAAUUCAAUGAGCAACCAACUUUCCAACAUUAUCAACGAUAUAAAUCGUAACACGUCCACAUUUGGCGCGGAUACUUUUUCUGCUGCUGAGGUUGAAGAAGAUGCAGCAAUGGAGGAUGCAGAUGAUGCGGUUGACGAAGUCGUCAAAAUUCUUAACGCGCAUCUGAUAUCAUUGCAAUGGAUCGAUCAAACUGCUAGCCAGAUGUCUGAUCGAAUUCGUGAAGCCCAGAAUGCAUUGGACACGAUCAAAAGUAACAAAAUGUAA